UUUCUGUUGUUUUCGCGCCAUUGUGUGAUGUUAACAGUUAACUUUUACAUAUAUGAGAUAAUAAAAAAAGUAUAUAUGAUAAAAAGAAGUGCACGUGUAACAAAAAAAAUAUUUAUAUGUAUAAAUCAAAAGUAAAAUGGAGCGUUUUGAAAUAUUUGAAAAAUUUAAAUUAAAUAAUUUAAAUUCCAAAUGGAUUGAUAAAAUAUGGGAUGAGGAAUUUUUAACAUUCAUUGAUUUUCCACGCGAUUAUUAUUCAUUUAUAAAAGAAGAAAAUUUGGAACAUUUAUUAAUGCAAACAUGUCGAAUAAUUAAAUUGUGGAUAACGGAAAAUAACAGUGAAUAUGAAGUGAAAUGGCAAACAUUAAAUUCAACAGGAAUUAAUGUUCGUGGUUUGCUUGCGUUUUUAGGUUAUAUUAUGAAAAUCGGACAGAAAAUUGGUGCUAGUGAAGAAUUACGACAAUGUUGUCUCAGGGCGUGUAGUUUAUAUUUUAUGCUUCUUGCCGUUCCUGGAAGUACUGUUUAUCAAGUGUUUCAUCCUAAUUUAUAUCACAGAGCAAUAGAUUCAUUUAAAUUGGCAAAUUUACUGACACCUGCAUCAAAAAAAGUGAACAAAACAAUGGACCUAGAAGAAUUAUACUACAACGAAGAUGAAUCAAUUGAAAGUCUCUCUCACUCGGAACAAGUGACAUUAAUAAAAUCUCUAAAUUGCAUAAUGUUUGAUUUAAUAACAAUGUUAAAAACAUUUUUUAUGAAAGACAAACCCGAAACACUCAACAUCACUGUUCAAUCAUUGGUGGAAUGCUCAAAACUUGAGACAAGCGUCAAUCAUUUUCAUACGCCUAAAAAAACAAAAGACGCAACACUCACAUCAUUAUCGUAUAAUUCUUAUAUGGCACUACAAGAAUUAUGUGAUUUAAAUCAUGGUUCAGUGAAUUUAACAAUACAACUUAUUGCCAAAUAUUAUUUACCACUUUUAAUGGCAACAUACACAGAAUUACCACAAAGAUCAUUAAUGAUUGUUCAAGAUACUUCAAUACGUUUUUUUCAAAAUUUAUUAACAAUAAAAACAAUUGAGGCAGAAAAUGGAAUUUUAAUUCUUAUUCAACAUUUAAUGAUGAAUUAUCCCGAACGAUUGGAGGCAAGACAAAAACAAGCGUCUGUUGUGGCAAAAUUAAUAAAUAUUUCUCAUGGUCAACUUUAUUUGAAAAUAAUUGAGAAUUUAAUUUUAUUCUCGUAUCAUAAUAAAAUUACAUGUAGAAUAUUUGCACAGGAAAUAAUUUCAAAAUGUUUAUCGGAAAUUGUUGUUGAUAUUGAUGAUUUGGAUCGAUUGAAAGCGAAAAGAAUUCUUAUUUCGGCAACGUUAGGACGAUGCGUUGAUUCAUCAAGUUUGGUACGAGGUCGAGCAAUGGCAAUAAUUUCAAAUUGCACCGAAUUUGAAAGUCCCAAUAGAAUAAUAAUUCAAGAUUUAUUUGACGAUACAAGAGACAACGAUAUAUUCCCACCGACAAUUGAACAAUUGUCAAAUGCAAUUUUCAAUGAUAAUAAUCCACUGCCAAGUGGAACAAAAAUUUAUUCAAUGCUAAUGGAUCGUCUCGAAGAUGAAAGAGCCUUAGUACGUCGUAGUGCAUUGCAAAUAUUUCGCAAUAUUGCCAAUUUAUUCCCCCAAACAAUUGAACAAAUAUUUCUAUCAAUUGGCCUACGUUGUCGUGAUCCAACAUUAAUUGUUCGUUGUUUUUCAAUUCAAGUUCUCACUUAUCUUCUUCUUGAAAAUAUUGAAAAUUCCCCACUCAUCACUCAUUGGAUACGUUUUGUAUUGCCUCAAGUUUAUGAUUUAGAGCCAAAAGUACAAGAAAAAGUACUCGAUUCAUUGGAAACAUUGAUAUUAAAUAAAAUAACAAUUUUUAAUGAGAAUAAUGAAAAUUUACCAUGGUUAAUUAUUGAACAAUUAUUAAAAGAAAAAAUGAGAAAACAUUUAUCAAAGGCUUGUGAACUUUGGAAAAAAUCGGAAAUUUUAAAUAAAUCAUUGAUAAUAAAAGUUAAAAGUCAUAUUGAAACGAAAAAUAAUAAUUCCGCAUGGGCAUUAUUGGCGGCAUUAUCUGAAAAUAUACAAUUAAAAUUUAUGGAUAAUUAUUUUAUGGAUUAUCGUUUACUUCUUCAGGGACGGGAUUUUUGUGCAAGAUUAAAAUUAGAAGUUUUAAGAAAUUCAUGGCCUUUAAUGAAUGAAAAUUUUUUACAUCAAUUUUUCGAUGAUUUACAUUCGAGUCUUUGUAAAUUUGAAGUGAAUUUAGUGUUAAUUAGUAUUUGUUUUGAUAUGCUAAUUGGAAUUGGAAAAAAACUUCAACAAGAAAUAGAAAAAAAAAUGUGUGAAUUAAUGAAAUUAUGUGAAAUACAAAUUGAAAAAUUAUUUGGUAACGAUAAAGAAGAGGCAUUGGAUGCUGAAUUUAUUUAUGUUAAAGCAAUGUGUACAUUGGGACAUGCGGCAUUUCUUUGCAGUGAAAAAGUGUCAUUAUCAACAAUUCGUACAUUACAGGGAUUAAUUUUAGAAUGGAAAAAUAUUCCACAAUUGUUGCAAGUAAAAAAAGAAUUACAAGUUACUGCCAUUGUAUUAUUGGGACAAUUGUCGAUGCGCGAUCGUGAAAUUGCUGAGGAGACAAUGCCAAUAUUUGGUAAACUAAUGUCAAAAGAAAUUGAUAUAAAAGAGGAAAAUGAAUCGUGUAAUAAAAUUAAUUCAGCAAAAACAUUAGCUGAUCUUUGUAUACAAUAUACAGCGUUAGUGGAAUCAUAUUUGCCUGAUAUGUGUGUGAGUAUGAAGGAUCCAAAUCCAAAAGUAAGAGAAGUAAUUGUCGUGAUAUUUAUUCAAUUGUUGCUGGAGGAUUUUAUUAAAAUUAAAGGACCAUUCUUCUUUCAUAUUUUAACAAUGUUAACCGAUGACGAUGAGACAAUAAGAGAGUUGACUAUUUUUUUAAUCAAGGAACGUCUUUUGUCGAAAAAUAAAACACUUGUCUCGCAACAAUUUAUUAAAAGUAUUUUUCACUACAAUAAUUGUCAGGCAAUUAAUAAAUUUGCAAUUCAAGCAAUGAGAGAGAGGGAGAAAAAAGCAUUGACACUACCGGGGAGAGAGAAUGAAAUUAAACGACGAAUUAUUUAUGAUUUUAUGCUUGAACAUCUCGAUCCACCUGGAAAAUUGAAACUUAUUUGUAAAAUGACAAGUGAAAUUCUUGGUCGUAUGUGUGACAAUGUUCUUGAUAUUAAAUCAGAACCGGAAAUAUGUAUGCUUCGCGAUGUUCUCUAUUUAUUGACAAGUGAACAAAUACAAGUGUCAAAUAAACAAUUUGAUGAUGAUUCACAGGAGGAAAUUGUUAAUGUGACAAAUUUGCCAAACAGUAAAGCAAUACAUGAAAUAAUUGACGGUAUUAAGAGACAUAAAUUACAAGUAUUACUUCCAGUUAUUGUGAAAUUGAAAAAGAAACUUGAAUCAAUGAAAUCAUCACUUUUGCCAGAUGUUACGAAAUUUUUUUUGAAAAUUAUUUCCGAUCACAAUAAAGAUCAACUCAAUGAACUUUACAAUGAAUAUCCAAAUUUGGAUAGGGAAAUUGAAAUAGAUUCGAGAAAAUAUGGGAAAAAAGGUCAAAAUUUUAAUGAUGAUGAUGAUGAUAAUGAUGAAGAAGAAGAAGAAGAAGAAAAAGAUGAGGAAAAAGAAAAAGAAGAAGAUAAUGAAAAUAGUGCUCUUGAGAGACAAAAGAAGAAUAUUAAAAAUAUUCUUAGUCGAAAUCCAAAAAUUGUGUUAAGGAGACUUUCAACUUUGACUUAUCAAAAUGCAAUAGGAUCAAAUGCAAAUGAAAAUGAGACUGAUGAUUCAAAUUCUUCCCCGGAGCCUGGACCAAGUUGCAGUUCAAGCAAAUAAUUUGCAACCUGAUGUUGAGAAUGUCGAAUGGCAAACUGAAGUGGUGUGAGGCCCUCCUGAUUCAUUAAUAGAGGAUCGGCACCAGCUCCAACAAGUUGUCUUGACACUGUCAUGUGUCCUGUCAAAGCUGCCGCGUGAAGUGCAC